AAUGCGAGCCUGCUCGGCGUCGACAACGUCCAUGAUGACACCACCCUGAUCGUACGCAAGUGGGGGAUUGGAUUCGAUCGUUAGCGACGGGCUCGACGCAGCUCACAGGAUGGAAGGCAAGGAACUUGGCCGCCCAGGCAGACGCGAUCGUUGAAUCAGCGGGAUCGAUUCGGCCAGUGUCGCGACCGGAUCGAAGCCGACACGGAAGCGAGAUUGGCCCGCUGACAGACGGUAGCGCAGCGACCGAUCGAUCGAUGCCAAGGCUUUGGUGGUGGUGGCGAUUCCCGGACGACAGCAGCACGAGGCAAACCCGGUGGUGGGGAUUUACCUUGAGCAUCUGGGCGAGACCGGCCUUGACGGUGAAGAGCUCGGCACGCUUGGCCUCCGAGAGGGGCUGAGUAUCGACGAGGUUGGUGGCAACGGGAGCGCUCAUUGUGCAGACUGGAUGCGGCGAAACGGAAGCAGGGAAGAGGAGGCGAAGGAAGGCAGAUGGACGCCGACGAGCGAUUGCAGGACGAUGCAAGAAGAUGGGGAUGCAAGCAGCGAGCGGGAUCGGCGACGGUAUUUAUACGCGCACCUUUUUUUCGGGGGUCGCUGGAGGAGCGGGGUGUGUGUGUGCGUGCUGCGGUCUCGCCGUGGCCUCGGUGCGGCCUCGCCCAGCACUCUCGCUGUGGCUGUGGUCUCGGUGCGGUCUCGCCCAGCGCUCUCGGCGUUGGGGCGUUUUUUCUUCUGGCCGCUUUUGGGCAGUCGGAGGUUGAAUCCGCGGGCC